GUAAUGACUGUCCCAACACAGUCACAUCUAGACCAGGAAUAACUCUUCUUCACCUUUUAUCAACAGAACCAAUUUUGCUUGCAGAAAUAAACCGAGGUUCAACUUCAGACCAUGCGCCCAACGUGAACAGUUGCGCAAAGGCGGACGUUUGACAGCUCGCCAAGGGGACAAUCGCUUGGAAAUGUGAAGAAAUGGAUAUUCAGCCUCUUCAUCUGACCAAGAUGCGAUCUCUCCUACUCAUCUUCAUUAUCAUCACCGCUGUCCUUAUUCCCCAGUGCGCUUCGCAGUCAGUGUGCCCCGGGACAGAUAACAAGCUCAGCACACUGUCCGAUGUGGACCAGCAGUACAGAACCCUUCGUAAGUUCUAUGAGAACUGUGAGGUGGUCAUGGGGAAUCUGGAGAUCACCAGUAUCGAACGCAACCGCAACCUGUCUUUCCUCAAGUCCAUCCGAGAGGUGACGGGUUACGUGUUGGUGGCACUGAACCAGUUUGACUAUCUUCCCCUGGAGAACCUGCGCAUCAUCCGCGGAACAAAACUCUACGAGGGACGUUACGCGCUGGCCAUCUUCCUCAACUACAGGCGAGACGGUCACUUCGGCCUCAGACAGCUCGGUCUCAAGAACUUGACGGAAAUCUUGAAUGGGGGCGUGUAUGUGGAUCAGAACAGGUUCUUGUGCCACGCUGACACCAUCCACUGGCAUGACAUCAUCAAGAACCCACGUUCUGAACUCCUGGUGGUUCCUUCCAACAACAGUGGAAACACAUGUAGAAGGUGUCAUAGAUCUUGUAAUGGACGUUGUUGGGGUCACCAGGAGGACCAAUGCCAAAGCUUAACAAAGACGGUAUGUGCAGAACAGUGUGACGGGCGAUGUUUCGGGCCGUACGUCAGUAACUGUUGUCAUCGCGAGUGUGCUGGCGGCUGCUACGGACCCAAAGACACAGACUGCUUUGCUUGUACGAACUUCAAUGACAGCGGGGCCUGUGUGACGCAAUGUCCCCAACCGUUCGUCUACAAUCCAACAACCUUCCAGCUUGAGCUCAAUCCCAAAGCCAAAUACACGUACGGAGCUUUCUGCGUCAAGAAAUGUCCACAUAACUUUGUGGUGGAUCACAGCUCGUGCGUUCGAGCCUGUCCGAGCAACAAAAUGGAAGUUGAGGAGAAUCACGUCAAGAUGUGCAUCCCAUGCACAGACAUCUGUCCGAAAGUGUGUGAUGGGAUAGGCACCGGCAGUCUUCAAACGGCUCAAACUGUGGAUUCCAGCAACAUCGAGAAGUUUGUCAACUGUACCAAGAUCAACGGCAACCUCAUCUUCCUCAUCACAGGCAUCAAAGGAGAUAUGUUUCACGGUAUCGGAGCUCUGGACCCCGAUCGGCUAAAUGUAUUCCGCACCGUUAGAGAAAUCACAGGGUUCUUGAACAUCCAGUCUUGGCCGGAAAACAUGACGGAUCUUGGUGUUUUCUCAAACCUUGCCACGAUUGGAGGGCGGUCUCUUUAUAGUGGUAUUUCUCUACUGAUCCUGAAACAGCGCUGGAUCUCUUCACUCCAGUUUCAGUCUUUGAAAGAAAUCAGCGCUGGUAAUGUUUACAUCACCAACAACAGUCAGCUGUGCUUCUACAACACGGUAAACUGGACCGGUCUGUUCCGCACCAGCACCCAGCGAGUCCUGAUCAAAAACAACAGAGACCCCAGAGAGUGCAUAAAAGAGCAGAUGGUGUGCGAUGCGCUGUGUUCAGAGGCAGGCUGCUGGGGUCCGGGUCCAGAUCAGUGCCUCUCGUGUAAAUACUUCAGCCGGGGAAAAACCUGUGUCAAGACCUGUAACCUGUAUCACGGUGAUGUGCGAGAAUAUGCCAACGGCUCAGUUUGUGUUCCAUGUGACAACCAGUGUGAGAAGGCCGGAGAUAAAAGUUUGACCUGCCACGGCCCGGGUCCAGACCACUGUGUGAAGUGUUUGCAUCUGAAAGAUGGGCCCAACUGUGUGGAGAAAUGCCCUGAUGGUCUUCAGGGAGCAAAUAGCUUCAUCUUCAAAUAUGCUGAGACCAACAAUGAGUGUCACCCAUGCCACCCGAACUGCACUCAGGGGUGCACUGGUCCAAGAGUUCAAGACUGCGUUGGGAUGUUGGACAGGACUCCUCUUAUCGCUGCUGGAUUAAUCGGGAGUGUCUUUGUGAUGGUCAUCAUUGCUCUUGGUGUGGCCGUAUACGUCCGCAGAAAGAGCAUUAAGAAAAAAAGGACUUUGCGACGCUUCUUAGAAACAGAGCAGUUGGUGGAGCCAUUGACUCCCAGCGGUGCAGCACCCAACCAGGCUCAACUGCGUAUACUGAAAGAAACAGAGCUCAAGAGGGUUAAGAUUCUCGGAACUGGAGCCUUCGGCACGGUCUACAAGGGAAUCUGGGUUCCAGAAGGAGAAACUGUGAAGAUACCAGUGGCCAUUAAGAUACUCAAUGAAACCAUGGGACCGAAAGCUAAUGUGGAGUUUAUGGACCAGGAGGCAUUGAUCAUGGCCAGCAUGGAGCAUCCUCAUCUGGUGCGUCUAUUGGGGGUCUGCUUGAGUCCCACCAUUCAGCUGGUCACUCAGCUCAUGCCCCACGGCUGUCUGCUGGACUACGUACACGAGCACCAGGAGAACAUCGGCUCACAGCUGCUGCUCAACUGGUGCGUCCAGAUCGCUAAGGGUAUGAUGUACCUGGAGGAGAGGCGUCUGGUGCACAGAGACCUGGCGGCACGUAACGUCCUGGUGAAAUCUCCAAACCACAUUAAGAUCACUGACUUCGGCCUCGCCAGACUGCUGGAUACAGAUGAGAAGGAAUACAAUUCAGAUGGAGGCAAGAUGCCCAUCAAGUGGAUGGCACUAGAGUGUAUUCACUACAGGAAAUUCACACAUCAGAGUGAUGUCUGGAGCUACGGAGUGACUAUUUGGGAGUUGAUGACGUUUGGAGGUAAGCCCUACGAUGGGAUUCCCACCCGCGAGAUUCCAGACAUCCUUGAGAAGGGCGAGCGUUUACCCCAACCGCCCAUCAGCACCAUAGACGUCUACAUGGUGAUGGUGAAAUGUUGGAUGAUUGAUGCCGACAGUCGUCCUCGAUUCAAAGAACUCGCUGCGGAGUUCAGCCGAAUGGCACGAGACCCUCAGAGAUACCUGGUCAUACAGGGGGACGAUCGCAUGAAGCUACCCAGUCCCAACCACAGUAAGUUCUUCCAAAGUCUUCUGGAUGAGGAGGAACUUGAUGACCUGAUGGACGCCGAUGAGUACUUAGUUCCUCAGACCUUCAAUACCUCCAACUCCUCUUACACUUUAAGACCACAUGUGGAUUCUAACAGGACUCAACUGAGAUUUCGUGAUAGAGUGUUUUGUCCAAAUGAUGGGAUGGGAGCUUGUCCCUCUGGUUCAGCCUGUGGCGUCUUCGUCCCAGUAAGCACACAGGGGGCGGGGCUGGAAUCUCUAGAGGAGCAGCAUUGUAAUGGAAGUUUACAGAAACAGCCCACGCCCGGCUCAGGGGACGACUGUGAUGGCCAGCGCUACAGUGCAGACCCCACUGUCUUUUUAGGAGAGAGGGGUCCGAAGACCAACGGAGAGGAGGAUGAUUACAUGAAUCCUAUGAACAAGUCAGCCUCAGACCACCUCAGUCCUAUCGAGGAAAAUCCUUUCGUAUCCCAGCGGAAAAACGGGAAUAUUAAUGCACUGGAUAAUCCAGGUUACCACAGCACGCCCGACCGAAUGUCCAAAUGUGAGGACGAGUACAUCAACCAACCUCUUUACCUCAACACAUACAACACCACCGGUGUGCCGGAGAUUCUGAGGAAAAAUGGAGCUUCCAUCCUGCUGCAGAUGACAACAGCAGCCAACACAACAAGCAGUCAUGUUAUCCCCACCACACUAACUGGGAAAGCCCAUCACCACGGCCAGGGAACACAUGUUCGUUUCGCCAUUCCACCUGUUCAGCCUCCCCAAGCUAGAUUAAUGAGCCAAAAUGGACAGCAUUCCCAGACGCCGCUUGCUGUUGAAUCCAAUUCCUCCAGCAAGCCUGGCAAUCCUUCCCUGUUAUCACAAAUCUCAGUCGUCAGCCAAAAGAUCCAACCUUGUCUGGCGAAUCCGUCCGGUUGUUUAACCCAACCCAACUCGACUCAAGUAACAAAGUCUACGAUUGCAAACAAAAGCAUCUCUGGUCUUCCCGGCCACCUUGUUUUUCCAAGUAACAUGCUUCAGACGGGCCAUACUGGGACAGUAAUGGUCGACAGGAAAUCCAAAAAGAAUUUUGACAACCCUGAUUAUUGGCAGCACAGUCUACCCCCCAAGGUGACCCAACCGAACACUCAAGACCCUUCGCAGGGUUGCAAAAGCAAACAACUCUACAGGCACAGUGUCCGAAGUCGCAUUGCCAUCGCUGAGAAUCCAGAGUUUCUGUCUGAGUUUAACAAGAGACCAGGACCGGUUAUGCCACCUCCGCCAUAUCGGCACAGGAAUACAGUAGUGUGACGCCACAUUCUAGAGUCGGAUUCUUUUACCAGCACGGAUAUCAACGUAUUCUCGUCCCUCUGGUAUACAUUCAUGGAUUUAUCAAACAUAUUAUUGGACUUAAAUUAUGACCCGAUAUUGGUUUGAAGGGAAACUGAUUUACCAAAGUGCCUCUGAACUAUUCAAAAAACUAUUCCACAAUUUCUAUUCGAACAAUCAGAAUGUAACUGCUCAACUCAUCGAUCCGCUAAUCGCAACUCCACUGACUUGCCAGAAGCCUUGGAGUAAUGCGUAAUGGUAUGGAAACUGGUGUCUAUCUUGAUGGACUAGUUUUGGUUUUAGGAGCUAACAACUGUUGACUGCAUCUACUCUCCAGUAAAUGACGUUUUGACCAUGUUUUGUCCAACUUGUAUUGUGGCUGUUGAUGUACAUUACUUUAAGAAGAAAAUGACAGACGGUACGGGGAUAGUAGCCACACUACUGCUGUACUACACUACUAUCGGGGAAAGUUUUGGAUGUAAAUGGGACAAUGGAUUGACUUACUAAAUAAUACAUUUGUUUCAUUUACCGUGAUCAACAAUUUAUUACUGGACUUUACAGUGGUUGGAUGCUAUUUAUUUUUUCCUUGUUCUGUUCUUUUAACGACCUAACAGACUUUGCCCUGUUUUGAACUCGUACAUGGGAAUAUUAAUAAUUCUGAUACUUACACCCUAAACAUGCUGUGGUGGUUUCAACUCAUGGUUGAGUCAAAUGAGAACAAAGCCAACCUUUGGGUUUAAAUUAACAUAUGUUGGGUUGUUUGAACUCAUGGUUGGAUCAAAUUAGGACACACCCAACGAUUGGGUUUAAAUGAACCUGUAUUGAGUUAUUUAAACUUUUAGUUGGGUCAAAUAUGGACAAAGCCGACCGUUGGGUUUACAUUUACCCACAUGGGUUGUUUCAACUCAUGGUUGGGUCAAAUAUGGUCAAAAACAAGUGCUCGGUUUAAAGGAACUAGUGUUGGGUUGUUUCAGCUUAUGGUUGGGACAAAUAUGGACCUGUUAUUUUAAACGACCCAAAUAUGGAACUGUUAUUUUAAACCAACGGUUGCGUUUGUUCAUAUUUUACCCAACAGACUGAAUAUUGUUUAGAUACAUAGCACACGGGGCAGCCGUACCACAGUGCUUAUAGAGCAAACUGGAUAUAAGUGCCUUUCUCAAUGGCACAAAAGCAUUUGUGGUCCAGAUACAGAUUUGAACUGGAAUCUUCAACUGCUGUAUAUAUGUGCAACAAAUAUGAAUAAUUUACUACUGAGCCACUUAUAGACUCACCCAGAGCUGGGAAUCAUAUAUUUAAAAAAAAAUGUUGUAUUUAAAAGUAAUGAUUUUGAAUAAAAAAAGAUUUUACUGGCACGACUAUUAUGAAAGGCAAUAUUAUAUUAUCAAAUAAACUGAUAGCGGGCACAAUAGAAACUCAAACUAUUGCUCUCCAAUGGAGAUUUUUUUAUUGUACUGUGACAGAAAAUACUGUUGUCUAAAAUAUAUCUUGCUCUCAAUGAGAGUGUGACCGUAGUGUGGCCAGGGAAACAUAUUUCUGUUGAAUGUAACUCUUAAGACUUUCAUUACUCAUGUCAAAGUGUCAUAGCAAAUAAGAGGUUGUGACUGUGCAGAUUUGGUCCUUACUGUACCAUGCUGAUAUUAUAAAGGUUUGAUUUGCUUUUGACUAAAUAGCCAUGGAAGAUGUAGCUAGAUUUGUUGAGUUUUCUGUUAAUUUUUUCCUCUUCCAAAAGGUGCAUCUCAUCCCUGUUGUAUUACUAUUUGAUGGAAUGAGACAAUAAAGGUCUUGUAUGACAUUUCUCCAAA